AUGCAGGAGUCUCAGAAUCCAGCCACGCCAGCGGAUGGCCCGACAUCGGAAUAUGGAGAUGAUCAUUCCGAGCAUUCGUCGCUAGCCUCUCUGAGAUCGAGUAUCCUCGAGCAUCAAGCUGAGAAUGGACGGACGUAUCAUUCCAUGAGCUCGGGAAAGUAUAGCUUCCCCAAUGAUGAGCCUGAGAAUGACCGUCUUGCGGAUAAAUUUUUGCAUGCAGAGGUCAUUGGCGUUGACCUGAGCCCCAUUCAGCCUGAGUGGGCGCCUCCGAACUGUGUGUUCGAGGUCGACGACUUAGAAAAGCCAUGGACCUGGACCAAGCCCUUUGAUUUCAUCUACUGCAGAAGUAUGGACGGCGCAUUUGCGAACAAGGAAAGUAUGAUUAAGAAGAUUUACAAUGGCUUGACUCCGGGAGGUCAUCUUGAAGUCGCGGGACUCGAAUUACCGCCUGGUUGCGACGAUGCUUCGGUUCCCGAGGACUCUGACUUGUGGAAGUGGCACGAGCUGCUACAAGAAGCCGCGACAAAGAUCGGACGGCCGCUGGAGAGUCUGGCCCACAACAAGGCGGACCUAGAGAACGCUGGCUUUAUCAACAUUGUCCGUAAAGACUACAAGCUACCUCUCAACACCUGGCCUGCGGAUCCCCAUCUGAAAAAUCUCGGAAAGUGGCAAUUUGUCAACCUCAAUCUCGGUCUCGAGGGGCUGUCCCUUGCUCUUCUGACCCGUGUUUUGGAAUGGUCCAGGGAAGAGGUGCUUGCCCUAUGUGCAGACGUUCGGAGAGAUCUGAAGGAUAAGAGAAUGCACGCUUAUUGGAAAAUUCACGUUGUCUAUGCGCAAAAGCCCGAGGAUGCCUCUCCUUCUGAGCAGUCGCAGGAGUGA